AGAAGACAAGCUUCCGAGGACUUGAGUGACAUGUGGUGCAACGCCCAGGUAGGAAGGCACUGGUGCAUCUGCCCUAAGUUUGUGAGCAGAAAAGGCUCCAAAAGGGAUGUGUGCCCCAGGCCCUGCCUCUGGCUGCAGGACAAAUACCAGAACCUUCCAUGCUCCAGAAUCACAUUCCCCACGCCCCUCAGAAUCGUGACCAACCAGCAGUUUAUUCUGCCUUUGAGAGCUUGCACACCUGCUUCCCCUUGGCUUCAAACUUUUUGGUCCCUUCUCUCUGCCUUGGAAUACUGGCUGGAAUUUAAUUUUCUUCACCAGAUGAGGUACAAUGCCUUUGCUCUACAAGGUAAUGAGGAGAUUGUCCCUCCCUGCCCACCUCAUGGGGAACCUGUUGUGGGGUGAUCAUGGGCAAGAGGCUUUAGAAUCUGCUCACGUUUGCCUAAUAAAUGCAACAGCCACAGGAACCGAAAUUCUUAAAAACUUGGUACUACCAGGUAUUGGUUCAUUUACAAUUAUCGAUGGAAAUCAGGUCAGCGGAGAGGAUGCUGGAAAUAAUUUUUUCCUUCAAAGAAGCAGCAUCGGCAAGAACCGAGCUCAGGCUGCCAUGGAAUUCUUACAAGAAUUAAAUAACGAUGUCUCUGGGAGUUUUGUGGAAGAGAGUCCAGAAAACCUUCUAGACAAUGAUCCUUCAUUUUUCUGUAGGUUUACCAUUGUGGUUGCAACUCAGCUUCCUGAAAGUACAUUACUACGUUUAGCGGAUGUCCUUUGGAAUUCACAAAUACCUCUUUUGAUCUGUAGGACAUAUGGACUAGUUGGUUAUAUGAGGAUCAUUAUAAAAGAACAUCCAGUAAUAGAAUCUCAUCCAGAUAAUGCAUUAGAGGAUCUACGACUGGAUAAGCCAUUUCCUGAACUGAGAGAACAUUUUCAGUCUUAUGAUUUGGAUCAUAUGGAAAAAAAGGACCAUAGCCAUACUCCAUGGAUUGUGAUCGUAGCUAAAUAUUUAGCACAGUGGUAUAGUGAAACAAAUGGACGAAUACCUAAAACGUAUAAAGAAAAAGAAGACUUCAGAGAUUUGAUUAGACAAGGAAUUCUAAAGAAUGAAAACGGGGCUCCGGAAGAUGAAGAGAAUUUUGAAGAAGCUAUUAAAAAUGUGAACACAGCACUAAAUACAACUCAGAUCCCAAGCAGUAUUGAAGAUAUAUUUAAUGAUGAUCGCUGCAUAAAUAUCACCAAACAGACUCCAUCAUUUUGGAUUUUAGCUCGUGCCUUAAAGGAAUUUGUGGCCAAAGAGGGUCAGGGAAAUUUACCUGUUCGAGGCACAAUUCCUGAUAUGAUCGCAGAUUCAAGCAAAUAUAUAAAGCUGCAAAAUGUUUACCGUGAAAAAGCAAAGAAAGAUGCUGCUGCUGUGGGUAAUCAUGUUGCCAAAUUGUUGCAGUCCAUCGGCCAGGCACCAGAGUCCAUUUCAGAGAAAGAAUUAAAAUUACUCUGCACCAAUUCUGCAUUUCUUCGAGUGGUAAGAUGUCGAUCCUUAGCUGAAGAAUAUGGCUUGGAUACAAUUAACAAGGAGGAAAUAAUUUCCAGCAUGGACAAUCCAGAUAAUGAGAUAGUAUUAUAUUUAAUGUUACGGGCUGUUGAUAGGUUUCAUAAACAACAUGGUCGAUAUCCAGGGGUAUCUAACUACCAAGUUGAAGAAGAUAUAGGAAAGCUGAAGUCUUGUCUCACUGGCUUCCUUCAGGAAAAUGGAUUAUCUGUAAUGGUGAAAGAUGACUAUGUCCAUGAAUUUUGCCGAUACGGAGCUGCUGAACCACACACCAUUGCUGCGUUCUUAGGGGGAGCUGCUGCUCAGGAGGUUAUCAAAAUAAUCACCAAACAAUUUGUAAUUUUUAAUAAUACUUACAUUUAUAGUGGCAUGUCACAAACUUCAGCAACUUUCCAGUUGUAGAAUAAGCAUCCUAUGUAGUGUGUUAAUGAUUUAAACUGUAAUUGCCUUCAGGUUGUGCUCUAGUUUGUAAAAUUCUAGGAAGGGAGAACUGUUAAAUUGUUUCCUUAAUAAACAUUU